UCUAGCGACUUUUUUCUCUCUACGAUGUCUGGACGCGGUAAGCAGGGCGGCAAGGCUCGCGCCAAGGCCAAGACCCGCUCUUCCCGGGCAGGCCUGCAGUUCCCCGUGGGUCGCGUGCACCGCCUUCUCCGCAAGGGCAACUACGCGGAGCGGGUAGGCGCCGGCGCCCCGGUGUACCUGGCGGCCGUACUGGAGUAUCUGACGGCCGAGAUCCUGGAACUGGCUGGCAACGCGGCCCGCGACAACAAGAAGACUCGCAUCAUCCCGCGCCACCUGCAGCUAGCCAUCCGCAAUGACGAGGAGCUCAACAAGCUGUUGGGCCGCGUGACGAUCGCGCAGGGCGGCGUCCUGCCCAACAUCCAGGCGGUGCUGCUGCCCAAGAAGACCGAGAGCCACCACAAGGCCAAGGGAAAGUAAUUUCCCUUGGUUAGUUUGGCGCAAACCUAAGGCUCUUUUCAGGGCCACCUAUGUUUUCUAUAAAAAGGCGUAGCAUUAUGUCAAUGGAACAGCAAGCGUACGAUAGCAAACACCAUUUCUCUUU